AUGUACACCAAGGUUCUAGUCUUCUUAUGCGCGGCGAGUAUCGCCUCCGCCGGUAUUGCAGAAGCUCCAGCUGCGUACAGCGCACCCGCAGUAUCCACCGUCUCCUUCUCUUCGGCUGCACCUGUUGCAGCCUACGCCGCACCUGCGUAUGCUGCGUACGAGGCCGCUCCAGCUGUAGCAGCCUAUACUGCUCCAGUGUUCAGCAAAGCUGUAGCUCCAGCAGUCUCCUACUCCUCUUUCACCAGACAAUCAUCUCCUGUGACUUAUGCCGCGGCUGCACCGGCGGCAACUUAUGCUGCAGCUGCACCAUACACAACUUAUGCCGCCGCUGCUACUCCAGUUGAAAGCUAUUACACUGCUCCUGUAGCGACGAGGACUUUCACUGCUGCUGCGCCCGCUUAUCGUGCAUACUCAGCCCCAUUCGUAGCGAGGACUUUCGCUGCAGCUGAACCCGCUCGAUUCGUUGCCAGGACUUAUGCUGCUGCAGCCCCUGCCGUUGCCUACACUGCUCCUGCUGUUGCCGCCUACACUGCUCCUUCUGUUGCCGCCUACACUGCUCCUGUUGUCUCCAAGACCUUCGCUGCUCCCGCUGCAGUGACUUACUCUGCAGCUCCCGCUGUUUCCCACGUGGCUUACACUGGUUUCGGAGCCAACUACGGUUGGUAA